CUUACCAAAAGCACAUCAGCUGUUUCUGCCGCAUAAACAUAAACAGCUGUUCGUUCGUCUAACGUGCGCCACAUAACUUUGAAAUUAUUGUUUUGCCAACGCCGCCCAAUGAUCCGCAAAGUAGUGGUGGGCGUGUCGGGCGGCGUCGACAGCGCCGUCUCUGCCCACCUGCUGUCGGAGCGAGGAUUCAAGGUGCUGGGUGUGUUUAUGCGCAACUGGGAUGAGGCGGACGAAGUGGGUCGCUGCAGUGGGGAGGCGGAUCUGAAGGACGCCGAGUGGGCGUGCCGGCAGCUGGGCGUGGAGCUGCGCCAGGUGAACUAUGUGCGCGAGUACUGGACGGCGGUGUUCAGCCAGUUCCUGGACGAUUACCAACUGGGCUUGACACCAAAUCCGGACAUCCUGUGCAAUCGCCACAUUAAGUUUGACCUCUUUCACAAGCACGCCUUGGAAAAUCUCGGCUACGACGCCGUGGCCACGGGUCACUACGCUCGCAAUAGUCUGGGCAACUACCUAGAGGGGAUUGCCUCAAACAACGACGCCCGCUUGCUAAUACCCGCCGAUACGUUCAAGGACCAGACAUUCUUUCUGGCAGGUAUUCCGCGAAAGGCUCUGCAACGCACGAUGUUCCCUUUGGGAGACUUCCAAAAGAGCCAGGUCAAGGACUUGGCCAAGAAGAUUGGCCUCCAGCGACUGGCCAAAAAGAAGGAAAGCACUGGCAUUUGUUUCGUUGGCAAACGCAACUUCAAGGACUUCAUACAGGAGUACAUCACUUCCAAACACGGUCCCUUUCUAGACAUCGACAGUGGAGCCGUGGUCGGCCACCACGAGGGCAUCCAUCAAUGGACUGUGGGCCAGCGGUGCCGCCUGAGUUCAUUCCUUCAGCCCUAUUUUGUGGCCAGGAAAGAGGCCGCCAGCAAUACCAUCUAUGUGGCAUCUGGCCACAAUCAUCCCGCCCUUCUCAGCACCCACAUAGACGUCGAUCCGCCCAACUGGCUGUGUUCCAAGUCCCAAAAGAUUCUUUCGGACACUGGCAGCUUAAGGUGUCGCUUUCGCUUCCAGCACACCAAACCAUUAGUGGACUGUCAGCUGAGCAUCUCUCCCAGUAACACCUUUCUUGUCGAAUUGGACGCUCCUUUAAGAGCUAUUACACCAGGACAAUAUGCCGUGUUUUAUGACGACACAGCUUGCUUGGGUUCGGCCCGCAUCCUCAGCGCUAAUCCCAUAAAGAAAAAAAACGCACAGACGCAGCAAGCUCAAGCCGCAAAUCUGGUUAGCUGAUGAUGUUUCCUCUUAGCCAGAAAAUAAACCAAAUGUAAGAAUUCA